AUGGAGGUCUGCCACAAUUCGAUUCGAACCGGCCUGUUGAUCUCUAUCUUCCUUCCUCACGGCCAGAACGCUCUCCCAAAAUCUCUAUGCACCCAAUCCCACGGCCCCGAUGUCGAUAUCGACGCUCACACGACCCUUCGCCUUAUUCAGGAGAUCGGAAAGACAAUUCAUGUUACCUGCGACAACAUGACGAUCAUCGCCCAGCUCAACAAAUUCGGCGGGACGAGGGCUCAACCACUACCUGACCUGACGAUUAGGAUAUGGCACCACUGCAUGGUGACGGUCACAGGACUCAAGACGACAUAA